UUCCCAAUCGCUACGCCUCCGCGAGACGAAACCACUGCCCAAAGCUCUCGAACUCCAGCCCUAGCUCCGACCAUGUCCGGCGACUCCAAUGCUGACUCCCUCCGUGGCCUCAAUGUCGACACCUCCCACGGCCCGAUCCUCAAAGACAUGCAUGGGUCCGACAAUCCAAUGCCACUUUCUCCUCAGUGGCUUCUUCCAAAGCCAGGGGAUAAUAAGCUUGGGGCGAUGAGUGGGGACCCUCAUUUUAGUCCUCAUAACCCAAAGCAUUCUGAUGCUGUAAAAGUUGCAAGAAAUGGUGACUCCUUUCGUGAUGUAGACAAGAAAAGGGAUGUUUUCAGGCCAUCAUUUUAUGAUACAGAAUCUGGGCGUCGUGAUCGUUGGCAUGAUGAAGAAAGGGAGAUAAACUCUGGUAUUCGCCGAGAUCGUUGGAGGGAGGGGGAUAAGGAUAUUGGGGAUUCACGAAGGCCAGAACGUUGGACUGAUAGUUCCUCUAGACAUGGCGGGGAAGCACGCCGAGUCUCAUCUGACAAGUGGAUGGAUUCUAGCAACAGGGACAAUAACUAUGACCCACGCCGUGAGAGCAAAUGGAACAACCGGUGGGGACCUGAUGAUAAAGAUUCAGAGAGUAGACGUGAAAAAUGGUCAGAUUCCGGUAGAGAUGGUGAGCUUUCUCGUGAGAAAGGAAUUUCUCAUGUAAGUAACCAAGGGAAGGACAUAAAUAAUCAUGGCAAAGAUUCAGAUAAAGAUGGUGAACAUCAUUCUCGCUCAUGGAGGUCUAACUCUUUUCUGGCUCGAGGAAGGGGUGAUGCAUCUCAUCAUCCAUCCUUGUCAUCUAACAAACCAACUCCUACGUUUGGAUAUGGUCGAGCUAGAGGGGAAAAUGGGACACCUGUUUUUCCCGCUGGUCGUGGAAGGGGCAACCUCACAUUGAGCUCUGCUAACAGCAGUGUUUCCCGUGCUAUUUCGGACAAGUUUGAAGAUAUCCAUGGGGAUCCCCAUACUCUAAAAUACACUAGGAUGAAGCUGCUUGACAUUUACAGGACAACUAAUAUUUCAAACUAUAGGAUGUCAUUUGAAGAGUUUAUUGAAGUUCCUUCUCUGACAAUAGGAGAACCAUUGGAGCCUUUGGCUCUUUUUGCUCCUCCUCCUGAAGAAUUGGUUAUUUUGAAAGGAAUUGAUAAAGGUGAUAUCGUAAGCAGUGGCCUGCCUCAGGUUUCAAAAGAUGGCUCUGCCGGAAGAAGUUCAGUAGAUGUAGUCCCACCCAAACAUAUAAGACCAGGGAGUCUAGAAGAUUUCCCCUAUACUGUGGAUGAUGGUAGAGAUGACCUUACUGGCAGCAGUAAAGGUUUAAGAUUGGAAGGCUUUGCCAAGAAGGGAGACCCCAUUGGAGAUACCAGUGUUUCGGAAAGUUUCCUGAAGGAGCACCAUGUUCAGCCAACUGGUCAAUCUGUAGAUAGCUCAUCUCAUGAUUGUAAUGCUGCUAAUACCAGUGCUGGUCCUGGAUGGCCAAAUAUCCAGAAAGAUCUGGAAAUGGAGCAGAUGAAUACUAUGAAUACUUCUGCUGUUUCUUCUGCUUACCAGAGAGAUGGUUCCCUUCGGCAUGACGACAAAAAUUUUCAUUCAGAGUUUGGACCUUCUUCCCUUGUUAGAAGGCAAUCAUCUGAGGUCUUAGGGCAAGAUAGGGAUGGCAGUCUCUCACAUGGGCCAGGAGAUUCUUUCAUCUUGAAGGACAAACCAGUUGCUAGAAAGCUUCAGUCUCAACCUUCUCCAGAAGAACUAACUCUAUAUUAUCAAGACCCUCAGGGUCAAAUUCAAGGCCCUUUUUCUGGAAGUGAUCUGAUAGGGUGGUUUGAAGCAGGAUAUUUUGGCAUUGACUUGCCAGUUCGCAUUGCAAGUGCUCCGGCUGAUACUCCAUUUUCUUUAUUGGGGGAUGUUAUGCCUCAUUUACGAAUGAAAUCAAGGCCCCCUCCUGGAUUUAAUGUAGCCAAACAAACUGAUGCAGUGACGCCAAAUGCAGGAAACUUUAGCCUUCCUGGUAACUCACCUAUAGAUGCAGCUGAAUUUGAACCUUACAAGAAUGGGCAGAAAGCCAGGCCCAUGAUGGCAAAUGAAGCAGAAAAUCGCUAUUUGGAGUCAUUAAUGUCCGGCAAUCCGAGCAGUUCACCUUCUAGACAUACAUCCUUUUCGGAAGUUACUCGGGAAUACACUGGGAAUGCUUCUGGUGGUGGUAUGCCAUCCGCGGGAGGAGAAAGUUUGAGUGAUUUAAACUACCUACUAUCUCAUCGAUUAUCAUUAGAGCGGCAGAACUCCCUACCAAAUCCUGUGUCAUUUUGGCCUGGAAGAGACACUUCAUCUAACGCACCAAAAGCUGAUCUUUUCCCAAGUUCUCCUUUACCAAGUUCAAAGUCACUGCCCCUAGCAGGUGAUGCUGUCCGGCAUAUUCCUCAGGCACAACAUACAGAUUUGCUUUCAAUGUUGCAGGCUAAUGCAGAGAAAUCUCCUUCACCAGCUGUUAAUUCUGGAUUAUCUGUAUGGUCAAACUUCCCUGAUGCUCAACCUUUGAAUGGCAAUGUUCAUGGUGGCAUGGGUAUUGUCCAAGAUAAUAUGGAAAUUCAUCACAAUCAGCAUUUUGCUCAAGCUGGCUUUGGAGUUCAGCAUCAGCGGGUGCAAACACAAAAUCAACCUAGUUUUUCUCAAAUAAUGAAUCAGCUUGGUCUGUCAUCUGGUGUGUUGCCAUCUGACAACUUGCUUUCUUCUGACAUAUCUCAUGAUCCACAAAUCCGGAAUUUAUUGCAGCAAAAGCUUUUACUCUCCCAGCUUCAAUUGCAACCUCAGCCUGUUCUUCCUGCUCAACUUUCUCCUCUGGAUAUUUAUUUACUUAAGCAGCAGCAAGAGCAGCAGCAACAACUAUUGUUGCAACAGCAGCAACAGCAGCUAUUGCUGCAACAGCAGCAGCAAAAUUUGCUUUCCCACGUCCUAUCCGGGCAUCAAUCUCAUCAACAUUUUCCUGAACCAUCUUUUGGACAUUUAGAAGCUGCGAUGCCUAUGGGAAAUGCUCAAAUGGACCAGCUUGGCAUGCAACAAAUUCGGGAAGCUCUUCAGAUCAGCCAUCAGCCUGUUGUUGAUGUACCCAAGGAUACAAACAGUCCUCCAAAUUUGAAUGUGCAAGUUUCUCAUGCUGUCAGUUGCCCAGAUAGUUCCAAUCUGCAGUUGCCUGCCAAUCUGCAGUUGCCUCAUCAAAUGUUUGACCAAACAACUCAUCUAAAAGAUUGGGGCUCUACUCCACCAGAAUGUGUUGAUACUGUUUUGAAAUCUGAUCCCAUAACCACACCUGCAAUAACAGAUGGUUUGGCUCUACCAAGGGUAAUGGACAAGGUGGCAGAGGAGGCUUUUGUUCCUCUUAAGAAUGUGCAAGACACAGACGAUUUGGCUCACAAUGAACCACUGGCUGUGAACCAACCAAAUCAAACUUUGACUGCAGGCUUCUCUGGAGAAAUGGAGUUCUCUAAAGAGGGUCUGGUAGCCUCUGAUGUGAUACAAUCAGUUUCUGUACAAGUGAGUGACGCAAAAGCUCCCUUGAUGAAUGCCCCUGAACCGUGUCAUAUUGAACCAUCUUCAACAAAAGGAGCGAAAAACGGGGAAAUGCGCGAGGCAAAGAAAACAUCAGAGAAGAAAUCAAAAAAACAAAAGAACUCAAAGGCACAAUCAGCUUCUGACCUUGCUAAGGGAUCAUCAAAAGCAAUUUCCAGUGAGCAAUCAAAACAAAAUUUGGAAAUUCAGGAUGUCAAUACUAGUAGUGGAAAACCAUUGGCACCUGCAAAUGCAGAACAAUCUAAUCAAGGCACAGGUGAUAAUUCUUUCUUGUCUACUGCAGAAACCAUGGAUUCUCAACAGGCUAAAAGUUCAGCACCUUCAAGGGUUCCAACUAAAUGUGCUGAUGUAACUGAAGGGAAGUUACAGCAGGAGCAAGUUGGAAAUUUGGUGCCUAAUCCUCAAAUAAAUGCAAGCCAUAGAUCUUGGAGAUCUGCUCCAGGGCCCAAGGCUAAGUCACUCGUGGAAAUUCAAUUGGAGGAACAACACAAGGCUCAGAUGGAGAUAGUGGUUUCUGAGCCUGCUGCUGUGGUAGUCCCCGCUAAUAUCAAUCCAACUCCUUGGUCUGGUGGCAUCACUAAUUUGGCUAACCAACCUAACAAAGUUAACGCUAACACAACUAGUGCACUAACAGUGGAUUUAAAGGGCAGGAAAAGCAAACUGCAUGAUCUACUGGCGGAAGAAGUUCUGGCCAAGGCAAAUGAAGCAGAUAAGAAUUUUCCUACAGGUGAUAACAAGGGUCUGGCUUUGUCUCCACCAAAACAGUCGGGCUGUCUUGUCAAUGUUGCUCCGGAUGAUGAUGAUUUUGUUGAAGCAAAAGACACCAGAAAGAGCCGCAAGAAGGCGGCAAAGGCAAAGAAUGCUGGACAGAAGGCUUCUUCCUCAGUUGUUUCUGCUGACUUGUCGACUUCUGUUGAGAAGGUAAAAAAUGUUCGUCCAGUCCCACAAGAACCAGAAUCAUUACCUGCACCCCCAGGGGGCCCUUCACUAGCAGAUUUUGUUCUGUGGAGAGGGGACCAAGUUAGCCAUGCACCUCUCUCAGCAGCAUGGUCUACAGAAGUCGGGAAGGGUCAGAGACCUGCAUCAUUGAGAGAUAUUCAAAAGGAACAGGAAAAGAAAGCACCAUCAGCGCAACAGCAUGUCCCAAUACCAACUCCUCCAAAGGUUCAAUCAAGCCAGGGCAACCGCGGAGGUAGUUCAACUUGGCAGAUAUCUGGAUCAUCUCCAUCCAGGACUGAAUCUUCUGUACAAACCAAGAAUUCUUCUGUUAGCCAACCCAAUUCGUCAUUUUCUGGUCAAUCAAAAGUUAGAGCUGAAGAUGAUCUAUUCUGGGGUCCUGUUGACCAAACUAAACAAGAAGCCAAGCAGUCUGAUUUCCCAUCCCUCUCUAGUUCUGGCACCUGGGGAGUGAAAAAUUCUCCGGCUAAAUGGGCUUCUGGUGGGACAGCAAACCGGCAGAAGAUGGCUAGCAGCAGGUCGGCAGAUUUCUCCAUUUCACCUUCAGUGCCCAAUGGACAAUCAAAAGGGAGGAAGGAUGCAUCAAGCAAACAUUCAGAGGCAAUGGACUUCAGAGAAUGGUGUGAGAAUGAACUUUAUAGGCUCACUGGGACAAGGGAUACAAGCUUCCUCGAAUACUGCUUGAAGCAGACAGCAUCUGAGGCCGAUACGCUCCUCAGUGAGAACCUUGGGCCAUUGGAUCGCAACCGUGAGUUCAUCGACAAGUUCCUCAACUACAAGGAGUUCUUAUCUUCUGAUGUCAUUGACAUUGCCUUCCAAGCUCAAAGCAGCCGCAGCAAAGUGACUGUGCCUGUCCACAGCCACACAAAUGUCAGCAACCAAACCACCGGGGAUACUGAAGGCGACACAGAACCAGCACUUGACGGGUCUUCCCGAGGGGGUAAAAAGAAGGGAAAGAAAGGAAAGAAAGUGAACCCUUCUGUACUGGGCUUCAAUGUCGUGAGCAACCGAAUCAUGAUGGGCGAAAUUCAGACGAUCGAAGAUUAGCUCUACCCGAAAUGAAAAAUGAGUGUACAUACAUUUGCCUGAAGGACUCUCUGUACAUAUGCCAUGCCAUCUUGCUUGGCUUGGUUUCUAUCAAGCUUUUAGAUCAAAUGAGCCAUUGAGCUCAAGCGGUUUUGUUGUUUGAUUAGGAUUAGUGUUUUUAUUUAUAGAGCUACUCAGCAAUGGAUGCUGAGUGAAAAAGAUUAUCACAUUUCCUCUCUGUUUGUUGCUAAUUAUGACCCAAAGUGAUCAUCAUCCUCUUUUCAUCAUUGUGCUUUGUUUUCA